UGAUAGCCCUCUACACCGGCAACGUCCACAACGUACUUCGAAGGAGCUGAGAAUGAGCCAGGCUCGAGAGACGAGAGCUUCGAGAAUAGAAGCGGCGAGAGAGGUCUGACGGAGAAGCGACAUGGUGUCUCGAGAGGAGAAGCGGCACUAUUUAGGGGAGAGCUCAUUUCCGCGAGAUGCGAGGAGAAUCUUCUAUAAAGCGAGGGACAAAACUGAGAGAUUGAUAUGUGCUACAGUGUGCUCACAAGUCGAAUCUCGUCCUAGAGCAAAAGUAUCUCUGCUUGGCAGGAGCACGAAGUAAACGUGUGUAACCAAAUCGUUACUAUUGGAUGUCUCAUUCCGAAGAAAGCGUCGGUGGCGCGCCUUUGCAACUCAUUACAGCAGACCAUCCUUGGUGCAUCUCGGCCCGUUGCCUCGAAGAUAUAAGCACUGCACAAUGGCCAAGGACUUACGAGAAGGACAACUAUUGGGUAUGGGAAAUCCUCUUCUUGAUAUUUCAGCAACUGUAGAUUAUGAUUUUUUAAAAAAGUAUGAUCUAAAGCCUAAUAAUGCUAUUCUUGCUGAAGAGAAACACAAACCUUUAUAUGAAGAAUUAAUUAAUUUGUAUAAAGCUGAUUUUACUGCGGGUGGAUCUGUACAGAAUACCAUGAGAGUGACACAAUGGUUUCUGCAAAAACCAAAAAUUGCUACUUAUAUGGGCUGUGUUGGAAAAGACAAAUAUUCAAAGAUUCUAGAGGAUAAAGCAACUAUGGAAGGUUUAAAUGUUCGGUAUCAAUAUACCGAUCAAGAGCCAACUGGGACAUGUGCAGUGCUUAUUACAGGAAAAGAUCGUUCUUUGUGCGCUAAUUUAGCAGCAGCAAAUUGUUUCUCACUAUCACAUAUUGAAAAGCCAGAAAACAAGCACCUGAUAGAUAUUGCAAACUAUAUCUAUGUAUCGAGUUUCUUUUUGACAGUUAGCCCAGAAUCUAUACAAACAGUGGCUAAACAUGCUUAUGAAAAUAAUAAAAUGUUCAUGAUGAAUCUUAGUGCUCCAUUUCUGUGCGAAUUUUUUCAAAAGCCAAUGUUAGCUGCGUUUCCCUAUGUGGACAUUUUAUUUGGUAAUGAAACGGAAGCGGACGCAUUUGCCAAGAGCAACAAUUUUGAUACAAUGGACAGGAAGCAGAUUGCAUUAAAGAUAUUAAAUAUGGAAAAAAUCAAUGACAAGAGGAAUAGGAUAGUUAUCUUAACGCAAGGUGCUAAACCAGUGCUUUUAGCCAAAGAUGGAACAGUGACAGAAUUUCCUGUCAUAAAACUGCCAGAGGAGAAAGUUGUAGAUACCAAUGGUGCUGGAGACGCUUUUGUCGGAGGUUUUAUCGCACAACUUAUACAAGGUAAAAGUAUAGAAAUAUGUAUAAAAUGCGGCAUUUGGGCGGCAACGCAAAUCGUACAAAGAUCUGGAUGUACUUACGAGGGAAAGCCGAAUUUUCAGUCUUGAUCAACGUCAACUCGAUAGCAAGUUGGAAAAUGUGUACUUAAUAAACGUUUUGACGUUUUUUUAAUCCGAAUCUCUUAUCUUUUAUAUCAAAUUUGUAGUACAAAUAUAAUUGAUAUUACUUGUAUAUGUAGUAAAAUAUAACAAAUUG